AUGUACAACGACAUGGACUUUGACGUGGCCGUCAAUGAUAUUUCCAAUCAGAUGGUUGUGAUACGUGAUCCCGAGUUGGCAUUAACAAUAGAAAAAUGGGUGUUGAAGUUGACUGCGGAGAACCGAGGCGCAAACGAACUUAAGUACCUACAACUGUUGCAAUACAUGAUGGCCCAAGGGCGAAUUAACGGUCCUUUUGCGAGGGAUCCGCCACCGGGUCCCCUGGUGUCGUUAAGUCGGUACGUAAAUCCUUGCAGCGGUCACAGCCGCAACAGUGGUGGAGUCGAGUGUUGGCAGACGAGCAACUGUAGCAGAGCUGCUCAGACGAGGUACGAGGACGAGGAUAGUGACUACUACAAUGAGGACUUCGAAGAUCAGAUGGACAACGACGCCAAUAACGAUGAAACGACGGUAAACUACGACGUCCGAGACGCCAUUGGAGACUCACAGAACAAGGACGGGGAACUGCAGGCACCGCGCUUGGAGGAGAUUGGCGAAGACGACGGAGUGCAGAUAAAACGUGACGGUCACUUGGCUGGCGGGGGCGGAGGAGAGUGCCAUGGCGGUGGCGAGAAAAACGCCCAAAAAAAAAAUCCAUUCGCCAAACUGUGCAACCCGUGCUUAGAUAAUUUCGGACAGCACUUACUAAAGAAGCGCCCGGAGCCAAUGGACGCAGCUUAUAGGGAGUUACUGGGAGACUGCGCGCUUCCCAUAUUUACUGAAGCCGAACAGAAAACCGUCGGUCCGGAACUGUUACGGGUUUUGGAAAACGUCGAUGACUCUACCACGUUACAAGAAUUUUACUUCCAGGUGUCGCUGUACACGUGCGACCGGGGAGCGUUGAUGAUGAAGCUGUCGGACGGCAUGGUGGACGACUUUAGGACGUUCGUGUCGGACGUGUUCGAGAGCCGCACGGAACACAUCAGCGACGGUUUGGCCAAGGAGCAGAUGGCGUUGUGCGAAAAGUACGCGUACCUGUACGACCGGACGCUGAACCGGGCCACGGUGGCUCUAGACUUCCUGCGCGAAGCCAUGCCGGUGUUCAGCUGGCACAAGUACCAAGCGGAACCGGACGAGUAUCUAAAGCGUAUGAUAAUGCGACGGACGGCGGUUGUGGCCGCGUCUUCGGCGGGGGCCAUGUCGACGGCCGCCGACGGCGACGGACGUCCGGCCGCGGCGCGUGCAACCGGUCCGGUCACCGAUGACGACAUAGCCGCGGCAGCGGCCGCCGACGACGACGAUGACGGGGCACAGCAGUCGGUCAUCAAGAAGCUGCUGUACAGGCUCAACUGGCUGCGGUCCGAAGUCAGCCGGGUAGACUGCGAGGGGCAGCGGCUGUACGAACAGCACAGCGAACUGACCACCAGCCUGGCCGACUUCAACCGCCGUCUGUCCGACACUCAGUGCCGGUCGGCCGGCGACAUCGACCGUCACAAAAACGAACUCACCGUGCUCCGCCAGCGGUCGGCCGACCAGACGGCCAUCAUCGACCGGCUCAUGGAGACCAUACAGUUGACUAUGCAAGACAAACACCCUUCGUCCUCUUGUUGA